UUUGGACCAUCACCUUCACCCCAUCUUCUUCAUCUUCACCAUCUUGGUCAGAGUCGACAUGUUCCUGGAGAACAAAAGAAACCUGGACUUGGAGAUGUCGCAGCCCUCCGUGCCGGUCCACCAGGGCCGCAACAGCCUGAGGUCCCCCGAGGGCGUCGCCGAGAACUUCGGCGAGCUGCGUCUGCUGCGAGGCAUCUCGGAGAGGAUGGAGACGCACAAGCUGCAGCAGUCCGGCCAGUGCGUCAUCCACGCCGAGGGCUACCUUCCUGUUCGCCAAGAAGACGGGCACAAUUACAGCGUAUUGAACAUUCUGACGGGGAAGACAAAUUCAGCCAACAUCUCAGAGAGGACGCCCCUGCUCAGGUUCCCACAAGACGACAGCAUGAGCUACUUGACGGUGCACAACCCCAGCUUCUACGGCGGGGAGGAGCCCUGGGACAGCAGCGCCAUGGACCUGGAGAGGCGGUACCGGCUGGGCAGCGAGGUCACCAGCCUGUCGCUGCUGCGCUCCAACUCGUCAGACAAGAGCGACGUUCUGGAAAACCACAGCUUCAGCUUCAGGCUCACCAAAAGCAUCAAAUACUGCUUCAAAGUCUCCAAAGUGGCCACAAUCUUCACUAUUGUGGUCCUGUGCAGUCUGUUCUUCAGCAUGUAUCCAGAUCGAGACAACCCUCAUAGGAUGCUGGCCGUGACUUCCGCCGACAGCUUCUCGAUGAAUCUGACAGAUUUCCGGGACAACGCUCUGCUGAAGCUGCAAGUGGGAGGACCUUUCGCCGGAGGGAUGGUGGACCUCGCCAACCAGGAGUACAUCCUGGUGCAGGUGGAGCAGACCGAUCCGCCCGGCCAGCGGAGGAGGAGGACUCUGCAGGUGGCUUACAACUGGACUAUUCCUCUGAACAGUGAGCAGAGUGACCAGGUGGUGCUGACCAGAACCUUUGAGAUGCUCAGCAGCGACCCCAUCGUCAUCACCAUCCAGGCCUUCUUGACGGACAGCAAGGUGGUGCCGCUUUCCAUGAACCACCAGUCGCUGUACGUCAACGUGGAGACUCAGGUGGCCAUCGCUGGAAUCAUCCUGACCGGCGUCUAUAUUCUCAUUAUAUUUGAGAUCGUCCAUCGCACUCUGGCGGCCAUGUUGGGAUCAUUGGCCGCCUUGGCAGCUCUGGCCAUCAUUGGCGACAGACCCAGUCUGGUCACGGUGGUGGAAUGGAUCGACUACGAGACUCUGACUCUCCUCUUCGGCAUGAUGGUGCUGGUGGCCAUUUUUUCAGAGACGGGCUUCUUUGAUUACUGCGCCAUGAAGGCUUACCGCCUCUCCAAAGGCCGGGUGUGGCCCAUGAUCAUCAUCCUCUGCCUGAUCGCCGCCAUCCUCUCAGCCUUCCUGGACAAUGUGACCACCAUGAUGCUUUUCACACCUGUAACCAUCAGGUUAUGCGAGGUGCUCAAUCUGGACCCCAGACAUGUCCUGAUUGCAGAAGUAAUCUUCACCAACAUCGGAGGCGCCGCCACAGCUGUCGGCGACCCACCAAAUGUGAUUAUCGUGUCAAAUCAGGACCUGCGCAGAGAAGGGAUUGACUUUGCCAGCUUCACCGGUUACAUGUUCCUGGGGAUAAUCCUGGUCCUCUUCUGCUCCGUCCCCUUCCUGCGGAUGCUCUACUGGAACAAGAAGCUGUACAACAAAGAGUCCAUCGAGAUAGUCGAACUCAAGCACGAGAUCCUGGUUUGGAGACAGACGGCGCAGCGCAUCAACCCCGCCAGUCGGGAGGAGACGGCUGUCAAAUGCCUCCUAAUGCAGAAAGUCCUCAACCUGGAGAGUCUGCUUCGCAAGAUGAUGAAAACCUUCCAGAGACAAAUUUCCCAAGAGGACAAGAACUGGGAGCAAAACAUUCAAGAGUUGCAAAAGAAGCACAGAAUAACUGACAAGGUGCUCUUGGUGAAGUGCCUGUCCGUCCUCGGCGUGGUCAUACUCAUGUUCUUUGUCAACUCCUUCGUUCCCAGCAUUCAUCUGGAACUGGGUUGGAUCGCCAUCCUGGGCUCCCUGUGGCUUCUGGUUCUGGCCGACAUCCAGGACUUUGAGAUGAUCUUGCACCGCGUGGAGUGGGCCACACUGCUCUUCUUCGCCGCCCUCUUCGUCUUGAUGGAGGCUCUGGCCCAGCUGCAACUCAUCGACUACAUCGGAGAGCAGACGGCCGCGCUUAUCAAAGCUGUGCCCGAGGACCAGCGCAUGGCCAUCGCCAUCAUCUUGGUGAUGUGGGUCUCUGCUCUGGCUUCUUCUCUCAUUGACAACAUCCCCUUCACUGCCACCAUGAUCCCUGUCCUCAUCAACUUGAGCCAGGAUGCAGACGUGAACCUGCCAAUAAAACCUCUCAUCUUUGCCUUGGCCAUGGGAGCGUGUCUUGGGGGAAACGGCACACUAAUUGGCGCGUCUGCCAACGUGGUGUGUGCGGGCAUCGCCGAGCAGCACGGCUACGGCUUCUCCUUCAUGGAGUUCUUCAAGUUGGGUUUCCCCAUGAUGGUGACCACCUGCAUGAUGGCCAUGUGUUACCUGCUGGCCACUCACAUAGGACUGGGAUGGAACAUGUGAUCACUGGGAUGGAACAUGUGAUCACUGGGAUGGAACAUGUGAUCACUGGGAUGGAACAUGUGAUCACUGGGAUGGAACAUGUGAUCACUGGGAUGGAACAUGUGAUCACUGGGAUGGAUGGAACAUGUGAUCAACAACAACUACUUUAUCAUCGCUGAAAGACACAAACAGAACUUUUCCAGUGUUGGCCAGAAAGUCCAAGUGAAGAAACUCUGCUGCUCCGGUAGAAACCUCCUUCAUCUUCAUGGUGAGAGCACUCGUGCACAGCACUCGUGCACACACACCAGGCCACUUUUUGCUGCACUGAGAACUCUGACACACGCAGGCCCCGCCCACUUUUGGCCGGUUCCAGGCCCUGUCAUUGGUUCUUUUGCGUCACGUGACGGUAGAAAGCCUUAUUAGUGAAGAAUAUCUUAGAUUAACACUUGUCAGUGAAGCUGGCAGGGAGCGUCAACAAAGUGACACACACACACACACGCACGCACGCACGCACGCACGCACGCACGCACGCACGCACGCACGCACGCACGCACGCACGCACGCAUUCUUGUAUUUGUCACCUUCUUGAGACCUGUGAAAAAUGCCUCCCUCUUCAGGACCAACCUUUCUAGAUACGUAAAGAUUUGUAUCUACAACAUGAAUAAUAUAUACAUACUAUGCAAAUAUAAAAAAGCUUGUUGUGAAAAAUGACUUGGAAUUUCACAAGAAAAAGGUCACAAUUUCACAAGAAAAACGUAGAAUUUUAGCGGUGUUAUAAUAAAAGUCGUAAUUGUACUCAACGCAAGUCAAAAUUUUACGAGGAAAACUGAACAUUUGUGCAAUAAUAUGAUAAAAGUUGGAAUUUUACUGAACAGUUUUACAAGAAAAGCUUAACAUUUUGGCAAUUUUAUGAAGAGUCCUAAUUUUACUCAACAAAAGUCACAAUUUUAUAAGAAAACUUAAACAUUUUGGCAAUAUUAUAAUAAUAAUCGGAAUUUUACAAAAAAUGUCACUAUUUUACAACAAAAAAGUUGGCAAUAUUGUGAUAAGUCGUAAUUUUACUCAACGCAAGACAAAAUUUUACAAGAAAAACUGAACAUUUGUGCAAUAUUAUGAUAAAAGUUGGAAUUUUACUAAAUAACAGUUUUACAAGAAAAGCUUAAAAUUUUGGCAAUUUUAUGAAAAGAGUCGUCAUUUUACUCGACAAAAGUCACAAUUUAUAAGAAAAAUUAAAAAUGUUGGCAAUAUUAUAAUAAUAAUUGGAAUUUUACUUGGCAAAAUUAUGACCAAAGUCAUCAUUUUGCGCAAAAAAUGUCACUAUUUUACGAGAACAACAAAAAAGUUGGCAAUAUUGUGAUAAAAGUCGUAAUUUUACUCAACGCAAGACAAAAUUUUACAAGGAAAACUGAAUAUUUGUGCAAUAUUAUGAUAAAAGUUGGAAUUUUACUAAAUAACAGUUUUACAAGAAAAUAUUAAAAUUUUGGCAAUUUUAUGAAAAGAGUCGUAAUUUUACUCAACAAAAGUCACAAUUUUAUAAGAAAACUUAAGCAUUUUGACAAUAUUAUAAUAAUAAUCGGUAUUUUACAAAAAAAUGUCACUAUUUUACAAGAACAACAAAAAAGUUGGCAAUAUUGUGAUAAAAGUCGUGAUUUUACUCAACGCAAGUCAAAAUUUUACAAAGAAAACUGAACAUUUGUGCAAUAUUAUGAUAAAAGUUGGAAUUUUACUCAAUAACAGUCGCACUUUUACAAGAAAAGCUUAACAUUUUGGCAAUUUUAUGAAAAGAGUCGUCAUUUUACUCGACAAAAGUCACAAUUUAUAAGAAAACUUAAAAUUUUUGGCAAUAUUAUAAUAAUAAUUGGAAUUUUACUUGGGAAAAUUAUGACCAAAGUCAUCAUUUUGCGCAAAAAAUUUCACUAUUUUACAAGAACAACAAAAAAGUUGGCAAUAUUGUGAUAAAAGUCGUAAUUUUACUCAACGCAAGUCAAAAUUUUACAAGAAAAACUGAACAUUUGUGCAAUAUUAUGAUAAAAGUUGGAAUUUUACUAAAUAACAGUUUUACAAGAAAAGAUAAAAUUUUUGGCAGUUUUAUGAAAAGAGUCGUAAUUUUACUCAACAAAAGUCACAAUUUUAUAAGAAAACUUAAGCAUUUUGGCAAUAUUAUAAUAAUAAUCGGUAUUUUACAAAAAAAUGUCACUAUUUUACAAGAACAACAAAAAAGUUGGCAAUAUUGUGAUAAAAGUCGUGAUUUUACUCAACGCAAGUCAAAAUUUUACAAGGAAAACUGAACAUUUGUGCAAUAUUAUGAUAAAAGUUGGAAUUUUACUCAAUAACAAUCGCACUUUUACAAGAAAAGCUUAACAUUUUGGCAAUUUUAUGAAAAUAGUCGUCAUUUUAGUCGACAAAAGUCACAAUUUAUAAGAAAACUUAAAAAUGUUGGCAAUAUUACAAUAAUAAUUGGAAUUUUACUUGGGAAAAUUAUGACCAAAGUCCUCAUUUUGCGCAAAAAAUAUCACUAUUUUACAAGAACAACAAAAAAGUUGGCAAUAUUGUGACAAAAGUCGUAAUUUUACUCAAUGCAAGUCAAAAUUUCAGAAAAACUGAAAAUUUGUGCAAUAUUAUGAUAAAAUUUGGAAUUUUACUCAAUAACAGUCGCACAUUUAUAAGAAAAGCUUAAAAUUCUGGCAAUUUUAUGAGAAGUCCUAAUUUUACUCGACAAAAGUCACAAUUUAUAAGAAAACUUAAAAAUGUUGGCAAUAUUAUAAUAAUAAUUUGAAUUUUACUUGGCAAAAUGAUGACCAAAGUCAUCAUUUUGCACAACUAUUUUACAACAACAAAAAGUUGGCAAUAUUGUGAUAAAAGUCGGAAUUUUAAAUGACAAAUGUCACCAGUUUGCAUUAAAAAAGUAAUAAUUUUACAAGAAAAUGUUGCAAUAUUACAGAAACAGAAAGAAUAUGAGAAAUUGUUCCCAAUUUUAUAAGACAUUUUAUUUUUUGUUUGUAAUUGGUUUUUAAUCUUCAUUACUUACUUGAAGUUAUGACAGUAUGUCCCUAUAUACGCCCUGUGAUGAGGUGGCGACUUGUCCAGGGUGUACCCCGCCUUCCGCCCCAUUGUAGCUGAGAUAGGCUCCAGCGCCCCCCGCGACCCCGAAGGGAAUAAGCGGUAGAAAAUGGAUGGAUGGAUGGAUGGGUCCCUAUAUACAUAUAUAUAUAUUUUUUUUUAAUAAAAUGUGGCCAAAGGGGGCGCAUUGCACCUGUUAUUUCAUAUGUUGACCAGAAGAGGAGCACUUUCAAAAGCGACACACAGUCAAUUUGAAAAAUCCCUCCUUUUUGGGACCACCCUCAUUUUGAUAGAUGUCACCAGCAGGGGCGCUAAUGAGACAUUCUCUAUUAGAUGCAAUGUUAUUAGGACCAUGACUUAUGUCAUCACUUGUUCACACCUCCUCAUAUGGAAGAUACUUUUCCUUCUUCAUGUCUCAAGAAGGGUAGAGAUACGAGAACACACACACACACACACACACACACACACACACACACACACACACACACACACACACACACACACACACACACACACACACACACACACACACACACACACA